UUGCGAUCCAACGCAUGCUCAUAACAGUCAGUCGCCUGCUAUGACCUUCGAGUAUAAAAGAAAAGGGUGAGGAGUCAGAGUUCGUCAGAGAACAGGAACCCAAUGAUUCCCAUAUGUCCAGUAGUCUCCUUCACCUAUGUGCCCAGCCGGCUAGGUGAAGAUGCCAAAAUGGCUACCAGCAACUACUUUGGAUUUACCCAUGGUGCUGCUGCUGCUCAGUAUAGGUCAAUCAGUCUGUCUUCAGUCUGCCCAGGACUUCCUCCAGGUCUUUCAGAUGUUGUUCCCAGCCAACAACCAACAGCUGGGGUAGCCUAUUCACACCCGACAACAGUGGCCAGCUAUACUGUGCACCAGGCUCCAGUUGCUGCACACACAGUGACAGCAGCCUACGCUCCAGCAGCCGCCACUGUUGCUGUGGCAAGACCAGCACCAGUUGCUGUGGCAGCUGCUGCAACUGCUGCAGCAUAUGGUGGGUACCAAGCCACUCAUACUGCAGCAGACUAUGGCUACACUCAAAGACAGCAAGAAGCACCACCUCCACCUCCGCCAGCCACCUCUCAAAACUACCAGGAUUCUUAUUCUUAUGUGCGAUCCACAGCGCCAGCUGUAGCCUAUGACAGUAAGCAGUACUACCAGCAGCCUACAGCUACAGCGGCUGUAGCUGCAGCUGCUGCCCAACCACAACCUACUGUAGCGGAGUCCUACUAUCAGACAGCUCCCAAAACAGGAUAUAGUCAAGGUGCAACACAGUAUACUCAAACUCAACAAACUAGACAAGUAACAGCAAUAAAACCAGCAACACCCAGUCCCGCAACCACUACUUUCUCAAUCUAUCCUGUGUCAUCCACUGUGCAGCCAGUGGCAGCGGCAGCAGCCGCAGCAGCAGCUGCUACUGUUGUCCCAUCCUAUUCUCAAAGCCCAACCUACAGUACAACUGCUGUUACUUACUCUGGAACAUCUUAUUCUGGAUAUGAAGCGGCAGUAUAUUCAGCUGCAUCAUCUUAUUACCAGCAACAACAACAGCAGCAGCAAAAACAGGCCGCUGCUGCUGUAGCAGCAACUGCUGCUUGGACAGGUAGCACUUUCACAAAGAAGACACCAUUCCAGAACAAGCAACUUAAACCAAAACAGCCUCCCAAACCACCACAGAUUCAUUAUUGUGACGUGUGUAAAAUAAGCUGUGCAGGACCACAGACCUACAAAGAACAUCUAGAAGGUCAGAAGCAUAAAAAGAAAGAAGCAGCUCUAAAAGCUUCCCAGAGCACAACGAGCACAACUAGUGGUAUUUCAGCUCGGGGUACCCAAAACCAGUUACGCUGUGAACUCUGUGAUGUUUCCUGUACAGGAGCUGAUGCUUAUGCUGCUCAUAUCAGAGGUGCAAAACACCAAAAGGUUGUAAAGCUGCAUACCAAGCUUGGCAAGCCUAUUCCAUCUACUGAACCUAGUGUAGUUGCCCAGACCUCUACAUCCACAACGGCAGCUGCUAGCAAGCCAACAGGUUCAGCCAUAACCCCUGGAACAAACAACAAUACUGCCUCUGUCACCUCUACUGGAGGUUCAUCCUACUUGAAACCUGUCAAUAUUGUUAGCAGUACAGUAUCUAAUAAUAGUGUACUCAAAACCCCUGCAGUUAUUGCCUCAAGUUCUAUUGCAGCAAAAAAAAUUGCUGCCCCCAAAAUAUGCUUUGUAGGUGGUAAUAAGUUGCAAACAACUAGUUCAAAGUUGGAUGAAGUUAAAAAUGAUGCAUUAAAAUCUGUGCAGACCGUAACAUCCACUCAGACACAAGAGACUAAGCCUGAUGUGACACCAGAACCAGUUUCAGCAUCCAGCACCCUUGCUGCCUUACAGAGUGAUGUUCAACCUGUAGGACAUGAUUAUGUUGAAGAGGUGAGAAAUGAUGAAGGGAAAGUUAUCAGAUUCCAUUGCAAACUUUGUGAAUGUAGUUUCAAUGAUCCAAAUGCAAAAGAGAUGCACCUGAAAGGAAGACGACACAGACUUCAGUAUAAGAAAAAAGUUAAUCCGGACCUUCAAGUUGAAGUGAAACCAAGCAUUAGAGCUCGGAAGAUUCAAGAGGAAAAGAUGAGAAAACAAAUGCAAAAAGAAGAGUACUGGAGGAGACGAGAAGAAGAGGAGCGUUGGAGAAUGGAAAUGAGACGAUAUGAAGAAGACAUGUACUGGAGACGUGUGGAAGAGGAGCAGCAUCAUUGGGAUGAUCGUCGAAGAAUUCCAGAUGGAGUAUAUCCUCAAGGACCACCUGGACCUCCAGGACUACUAGGUGUUCGACCUGGAAUGCCCAUUCCACAGCCACAGGGGCCAGUGCCACCUCGUCGCCCAGAUUCUUCUGAUGAUCGCUAUGUUAUGACCAAACAUGCUGCUAUUUACCCAGUGGAGGAAGAGCUCCAGGCUAUCCAGAAAAUUGUAUCUAUUACUGAGCGUGCACUUAAACUUGUGUCAGAUGUCAUUACUGAUCAGGAUAAAAGCAAAGUCAAGGAAGAAGAAAAAAAAGAUGUUCAAAGAGAUCGGGCCUUGAAGGGUGUAAUGCGUGUGGGAGUUCUUGCUAAAGGUCUCCUCCUAAGGGGUGACAAGAAUGUGAAUCUUGUGCUUCUGUGCUCUGAAAAGCCUAACAAGAAUCUACUGACUCGCAUUGUAGAAAACCUCCCUAAGCAGCUUUUGCUUGUAACACCGGAAAAAUAUGAGGUGAAAAGCUCAAUACAAGAGGCAGCCAUAAUCUUAACAGCUUGUGCUGAGCCAAAAAUGCAGGUGACCAUUACGCUGACAUCUCCAGUUAUCAGAGAGGAAAAUCCCCGUGAUGGAGAUGUAACCUCGGGUAUGGUGAAAGACCCAGCGGACGUCUUGGACAGGCAAAAAUGCCUUGACGCUCUGGCUGCUCUCCGCCACGCUAAGUGGUUCCAGGCUAGAGCCAAUGGACUUCAAUCCUGUGUGAUAAUAAUCCGUAUUCUUCGUGACCUUUGUCAGCGUGUCCCAACCUGGUCAGCAUUUCCAAGUUGGGCAAUGGAACUGCUUGUUGAAAAGGCUAUAAGCAGUGCAUCUGGUCCUUUAAGCCCAGGGGAUGCUCUGAGAAGAGUUUUUGAAUGUAUUUCUUCUGGAAUUCUUUUGCCAGGUGGUCCUGGUCUUAUAGAUCCCUGUGAGAGAAACCCCACUGAUACUCUGAGUUCAAUGACAGAGCAACAACGGGAAGAUAUAACCUCUAGUGCCCAGUUUGCUCUGAGACUGCUCGCAUUCCGUCAGAUUCACAAAGUUUUGGGAAUGGAUCCUUUGCCGCAGAUGAACCCUCGUUUUAAUGUGCGCAACAACAGAAAAAGGAGACGGGACAACAGUGAUGGUGUGGAUGGGUUUGAAGGAGAAGGAAAGAAAGACAAAAAAGACUAUGAUAGCUAUUAAAAAUGAACCUUGUUAGCUACUUCAAAGCAACACACUAAUUUAAAUUGACAGUGUAAAUGGAGUUAUUUUGUGUUUUUACAGUUGUCCUCCCUUGCCCUCCACCCCUUUGACUACUUUGAGUUUGUUUUGGUUGUGCUGUAUGUAGUAACACCACGUACAGAAGUGUAACUCCCAUUCUAGUUCAGUUUUUUGAAAAUUCUGAUGGAUACAAAUAUAAAUCACUUGAGUGUAUAAAAAGGAAUGUAUGUCUUGAGUUGGAUGUAAGAGAAAAGUUUAAUUUUCUAGUUUGCACCUUGUUCAAGGGAACAGUUUUUAUUUUUCGGAUUUAUUAAAUCCUUCCUUUUGGUCUGCAGAAAAUGUCUUUUUAGUGAGGGAUAUAUAUUUUUUUUUUCUACAUUAAAAAAAUAGUAUGGGGAAGUAUUCCAUGUGAUGGUUUUAAACCCAUAGUAAUUUACUUCCUGUACCUAAAUUAUGGAUUUGUUUAUUGCUCGAAAGAGAGAAAUAGAACAGUGGCAUUCGACAGUCAUGCAGGCAGCAUCACUUGUGUUUUGUUUUUUGCUUUUAUUUGUAAUUCCCUGAACCGUUUUAAAUGAGUUAUCAGUCUUUCAUGAAAAAUCACAAGUGUGUGUGUGUGGUUGAAUGUGUCUGAAAUUUGACAUAAUUUGAU